AGCGCGGUAACUCGCGCCUCCUUCUCACCAUGCUCCCGUCGGUACACCGCGUACUCCGUGUUGCUCCCCAGCGCCGCCAGCACCACAUCGUGUCCAGAAGCAAACCUCACGUUUGGAACCACCAGGUAUUUGCCGUGCCGUCCCGCCAGGCCAUCCGGCAUCCGCAACCGCAGCGUCAGCGUACCGUCGUCAUUGACGGACGCCACGCACAGCUGGCAUCCCGCCGUCUCAUCCCGGCUGCCCAGCACGAAGAACUCGUCGCUGCGGGCGUCUUGCCAGUCCCUGAGCCAUUCCUCAUGACAGGCAUAGCCAUUGGCCUUCAGGUCAUACUGCUUCCGCCACAACUUCUGGGAGCCGAAGCACAACCGCACCCGGCCGGCCGCAAUGUCGGCUUCCAGCCCCGACCGCCGGAACCUCAGGUUGGCCAACCGCCGCCGCUUCCCGUG